CCUCGCUCUAGAUCUCCUGUAUUAGCUAACUAGACAUAGCAAAAGCUUGCCAGCCCAUUCCAUUCCAUUCCAAAUUUCCAAAGUUUAUGCCAAGCCAACCCACAUUAAACCAUUUUUAUUCUCUCCUUUUUCUUUUUUAAACCAUAAAAAAAAGUAAAGCGAAACCUCUUCAUUGUCAUAUUUCUUAUAAUGUCGGCAACGUCCUAACAUGCCAUCAUUACUAAUGCUUACACUUUUUCAUUGUUUUCUUCCUUUUUCUCUGUUACUAAUUUUCAAUAAUAUCGAAUCCAAUACGAAAAAUAAGCUUAGAAAACAGACAUAUAUGUAUUUAUAUAUAUAUAUAUUAUAAAGAUUGAUCAGUUGAUGAACUUGGUCACUCACUCAAUGGCGCCAUCGAAUUCCCCUGAAUCCUUAGCAGCCGAAAACCACAUCAACUUCCGAGCACCGCCGCCGUCGCCAAUCCACUCAGGCCGUCGAUCAUCCUUUACCAACGAUACCGUUCUCACUAACUUCCUCGAGCACUCGCUCCGCGUCCCGGACCUCAUCUUGCCGGACAAGAUUUUCCCCAAGCAGAGGUGCGUCAAAGCUCCUCCGGUGAUCGAUUUCGAAUCCCUAGUUCUGGAUGAAUGCGACGCCGUUUCGAGGAUCGUCGAAUUCGUAGCCGAUUACGGCUACUUCCAGGUGGCGAAUCACGGAAUUUCGAGCGAGUUCGUUAGGUCGGCGCAAGCAGCAGCCGCCGGGAUUUUUGAGGUUCCGCCGGAGAAGAGAACGUCGAUAACGAGGUCGCCGGAGAUGCCUUACGGGUUUGAGGAAGUUCAUGGGGAAGAGAGUGAGAGUGAGAGUGAAAGUGGUUUCAGUGAAGAGUUUGUUUGGAGUCCAGAUGAAGGUUUGAAGUCGCUUAUGGAGGGAAUUCGGCCAAGUGGAUAUUCCAAAUUUUGCAAAAGAAUGGAAAUCUUAUCAUCCAAAAUUUCAAAAGUUGCGGAGAAAGUAUUUUCAAUAAUAACUAGGAAGAAUCCUCGAAGAAAAUUGAUGUUUGGGAUUGGAAAUGAUAUUGUAUGGCAAGGGCACGAAAUUACAGGAACACUUUGUUGCCUUUACAAAAAUAGUCAAAGCUAUGGUAAUGAUGAGAGUAGCGCUGAGUGUGUGAGACAUGAAGUUAUUAGGAUGCUUCUAAGGAGAAAUGAUCAUUCUCAUGCUCUUACUUUGCAUUUUUGUGGUGGCACUUCGGAGUUUCAUGUCUACUCCAAGAAAGGAUGGCUUUCUUUCAUUCCUCACAAGGAUGCUUUAGUCAUCACAAUUGGAGAUCAAUUACAGACAUGGAGUGGUGGACAGUAUAAGCAUGUAGUAGGAAGGCCAAUCUUUAAAGAAGAGAAAGAAGAUUACAUCUCAAUGGCUUUCCUUUACUCUCCUCCCACUAUUACUUCAGACUUGAGAUCCACCACGGCCGAGGAGAAGACUAUAUCUCUUAACCAACAACUCGUAAUGGCUAUUGCUCUAACUAUUGUUUAUCAAUUCUUAGCUUACAUCUACAAAUUUAUUUCAUGAACUUCAUUUCAUGCUCUUAAUCACCUUUACAAAAGGAACACCGUUGGAUCUGUCCAAAUCAAAUAAUUUUGAUUUUGACUUAUGCACAUAUUCACAUAUUUGAGGUUGUUCAUGGACUGGUACUUUUUUUAUUAUUAUUGUUAAAGAAGAAAUAGAGGAAUUAUUCAUGUGGAAUA